CAUUCAGCGUGUUGUUGAAGGAAGCGUGUUUUAACGUUUGAUAGCAGGCUAGUGUCGGGGCAGAACCAGUCGUUGUAAGCAGUCAACAUUAGUAGCAGCGCACAUGCUAACGUUCAACGCUUAAACAACUCAACGCGGAACAUGUAGCGAGCUAUUAGCUGCUGCUACUUUAUUCAUUUGAAAUGGCUGAGACGGAGCCGUCAACACGGAGAGGAUUUCUGGACUUCAGUCCAAUAAAGAGAGAAGAGGCUAACAAGGAAAACGAUGCUCCAGUUUUGGUUUUGACCUUGUUUUCCAAGGCUCCCUUUGUGACAUUUGGAACAGUAAAGCUGGGGACAUCCAAGUCUGUUGUUCUGCGUAUUGAGAACCCGACAGAUGACGCAGAGGCGGAGGUCACUGUUGAGAAGAUCCCCUCAAGUAAAGGCUUCUCUGUGGGCCACCACACCAUCACGAUCCAGCCUGAGGACUCAUUCAGUUUGACGAUAACAUGGACUCCAACAGAGGAAGGUGGAAUCAGAGAGCUCAUCCUCUUUAAUGCCAAUGGUGUCCUCAAACAGCAGGCUGUGCUCCUGGGGAGAGCAGAAGCACCAAAAAAGAAAAAGAAAAGCUUAUGGGACACAAUCAAGAACAAAAGGGAGGGUGAAAAAGUGACCGCACCAAGGAGAAAGAAAACGGAGCAAUCAUUGAAGAUGGCAGCCAACAAAACCUUCCAAGUGUCCCGAAAGCCACAGUACAAACGGGAAAAGCCCCGCAGCCCACUUGCUUCUCUCAAUGAGGGCAAAGCUGUCAGAGAGAGAUCCCUCUCCAAGCCCAGUACCAUUGAUGAUUACUCUCAGAAAUCAGAAGAGAAGAUGGCCUUGAAUUCCACCCGGACCCAACGGUCCCUGGGCUUGUCGGACAAGGAGAAUGCCCAUCAUGUUCAUAGGAACUCUCCUCUUGUCCUACUCGUCCCUGCCGGACAGCUGAUGGACUCUGGCAACAUGUCUGCAAGCCCAGAUUCAUUUGUUGGCAAACCUGAAAGCAAAGAUCUUACCAAAAUGAUCAACAGGACACUGUCCCCUAUCGGAACACCAGACCUGUUUAAGAAGCUCAUGCCACGUAUUCAGUCAGAUGGCCCACUUUCUGCUACUGUCAAUACUGUGGCUGAUGCUGACAGUGCGUUAUCUGGAACCCCAGUCCUCUCUUUGAAAGAUGCACUUGCCCUCAUUGACUCUGAUCUAAGCCGCAUUCACACCAGUCCUCGAGACAGUAGUUCCAGCUGUAGCUUUUCAGAUUCACUGGAAUCCAAGAGUGGAUAUCAUGCCUACGGAGCUGACAGAAAUGUCCUCAAAGCAUUACCAGAUAGCCCACACGGGUCCGAGUCCAGCGAGCCCAGACUGACGUUCUUUGUCAGCAAAAAGGUUGCUGUUUCAGAGAAUGAUGCUGCGACGGAGAGGGUUAAAAAGGCCUCGUUUACCUCUGCCACGGUGACCAAGAGCAGAGCACCAGUGGAGGCAAACCUUUCAAGUGGAAGGAAAAUAAAGAGGUCAAGGCGACGGCUUUUAGAGAAGACGUUGGAGCUGUCUGACGGCAGCAGUCAGUGUGAGUCUAAACCAGGGACUCCGAUCCUUCCUGUUAUAGACCCCGACAUUGCCAGCUCCCUGUGUGACAACCGACACCAAGCCCAGGAAGUCACCUCCUCCAGCCUGGCUCCACGGCUCGACUGCUCGCCUACACCCAUCACCUUCCCCCUCGCCUCCCCUCCACCCAUGGCACCUGCUCGCUUCUCUUUCUCAGCCACCUCCACACCUCCUGCAGCCCCUGCUUCCGUCUCUUUUACUGUCACCUCUCCGUCGCCCCUGGGCUCAUCUUCUCCUCUACACCACAGCUUCACACAACACACGGCUCCGACUCUUUCGGUACCUCUGUUUGUUCAGGAUGACUCGUUUCCCGUUCACGUGGCAGUGAAGAGCAAGAAGAGGAAGAGUGAGGAGUAUUUGAAAAGUGAUGCAAAGAUUGGGGAUGCUGGGAAAGCUGAGCGUGUCAAACGGAGCAGGGGGGUAGCUGGGAAACCUGAACCCCCACGAUCGGUGCAGGAGAGGAGGAAUGCAUCGCAGAGGCAACAGCCCAGACCAGCAGGCUCUGUGCGAUCAAUGACUUCAUCAUCUCUAAAGACAGCGAGGUCUGUGGUUCCUGCCCAGGCGAAGCAAACAAGCUCCAAACUCUCCUCACAAGGUGCACGGUCAUUUGGUAUUUCGUCAGUGAAGACUGCAAAAGUGGUUGCUGUUGCGCAAUCAAAACUGUCCUUUAUUAAGGCGGCGCAAACAGCCAUUCCGAGACACCCGAUGCCAUUUGCUGCCAAGAACAUGUUCUAUGACGAGAGGUGGAUCGAGAAGCAAGAGAGAGGAUUCACAUGGUGGAUCAACUACGUCCUCACUCCAGACGACUUUAAAGUCAACACUGAAGUUGCUAAAGUGAGUGCGGUGUCCCUUGCCAUGGGCGGCGAUGACAGGUACAGUGUGCCUAAAGCCCCAACCAAAGAGGAGAUGUCGUUCAGCACCUACACGGCCCGUCGGAAGCUAAACCGCCUCCGUCGCGCAGCCUGCCAGCUGUUCACUUCUGAAGCCAUGGUCAAGGCUAUUCAGAGGCUCGAACUGGAGGUGGAGGCCAAGAGGCUGCUCGUCCGGAAAGACCGCCAUCUUUGGAAGGACAUAGGUGAACGCCGAAAAGUCCUCAACUGGCUUCUUUCAUACAAUCCGCUGUGGUUACGGAUUGGGCUCGAGACGAUCUUCGGGGAGUUGAUCUCUCUCGAGAGCAACAGCGAUGCCCUGGGUCUGGCUUUGUUCAUCCUGCAGCGGCUGCUCUGGAACCCAGACAUCGCUGCUCAGUUCAGACACGCCAAAGUGCCUAACCUUUACAAAGACGGCCACGAGGAGGCGCUGUCACGCUUUACUCUGAAGAAGCUGCUCCUGCUGGUGUGUUUCCUGGACAAAGCCAAAGGGUCCCGGCUGAUUGAGCACGACCCCUGUCUGUUCUGCUUGGAUGCAGAGUUCAAGAUGACGAAAGACCUGCUCCUGGCCUUCUCCAGGGACUUCCUGAGCGGGGAGGGGAUCCUCCCCCGGCAUCUCGGCUACAUGGGGUUACCCGUCUCCCACGUUCAGACGCCUCUAGACGAGUUCAACUUCGCUGUGAAGAAUUUGGCAGUUGAUUUGAAAUGCGGCAUUCGUCUAGUGCGAGUGAUGGAGCUCCUCGUCCAGGACUGGAGUUUGUCAGCAAAGCUCCGUCUGCCGGCCAUCAGCCGCCUGCAGAAGGUCCACAACGUCGACAUGGCUUUGCAAGUGCUCAAAAGCAAAGGGGUCGACCUCAAGGAUGAACACGGCUCCAACAUUGAUUCCAGAGACAUUGUGGACGGACACAGAGAGAAGACACUGGGCCUCUUAUGGAAGAUCAUCUUUGCGUUUCACGUGGAGAACAUUUUGGACGAGGAUCAGCUGAGGGAGGAAAUUGGCUUCCUGAAGAGAACCUUGAGGACCAAACGGAGGCUGGCGUCUCUGAGGGCCGAUCAAGGCCUUCAGCCGAGUCCUUCAAAGACCAGGGCGCCGUAUGAACACAGCAGCACUAAGAUCACUCUGCUGAUGGACUGGAUCCGAACCGUCUGUGACUUCUACAAUCUGAAGGUGGAAAACUUCACCGUGACGUUCUCAGAUGGCCGCGUCCUCUGCUACCUUAUCCACCACUACCACCCCAGUCUCCUGCCAGAGAGGGCCGUCAGUCACAGCACCACCCAGACUGUCGAGUGCUCGCCGAGGGGUCGCUUGGAGCUCAACUGCUCUGCCAGCGACUCUGACAACUCCUUUGACUCCUUGCCGAUGGGCCUGAAUGGCCCAGAUUCUCCGUCAGUGGAAUUUAAAGAGCUACUGGAGAAUGAGAAAAACAACUUUGGACUGGUCAACGCUGCUGUGUCUUUCCUGGGCGGCGUUCCUGCCAUGAUCAACCCAGCUGACAUGUCCAACACCAUCCCCAAUGAGAAGGUUGUGAUGUCUUACCUUUCCUUCCUGUGUGCUCGUCUUCUGGAUCUGCGGAACGAAAGCAGAGCAGCUCGGGUCAUACAGGGCGCCUGGAGGAAAUACAGAUUAAAGAAACACGUACAGCUCUACAAGGAAAGAAACAUGGCUGCCAUGAAAAUCCAGUUAGUUGUGAGGAGUUUUCUCCAGAGGCGCAGAGCUAAGAGGCAGGAUCAAGCUGCCGUUAUCAUCCAAUCAGUCUGGAGGGGUUUCUUAGCCCGCAACAGGCUCAGGCUAAAAAAACAGGCUCAACUUCGGGCUCUGCAGCAUGAAGCAGCAACCGUCAUCCAGGCUCAAUGGAGGAUGUUCUCAGCCAUGAGGGCUUUCCAACGCCUCAGAUACUACGCUGUUAUUGUCCAAGCACAAUGGCGAAUGAGGAGGGCAGCCUCUGCUUAUGGAAGAAUUCUGUGGGCGGUAACUGUCAUUCAGAAGCACUCGCAAGCAUGGGCUCAGGCAAAAAGAGAUCGGGAACAUUAUCUCUCCCUUAGAGUUGCAGUGGUGAAAAUACAGGGAGGGUACAGAAGGUGGAAAACCCAGAAAACAGAAAAGGAAAACCGUGCUGCCAAAGUGAUACAAGCUGUGUUUAAGAAAUGGUAUGAGGAAAAAAUGUCUGCAAGAACUGUCGCUGCUGUAAAGAUUCAGUCGUGGUAUAGAAUGCAGAUGUGUCUCCAUCAAUACAGAAAGAUCCAGAGAAGCAUUGUGCUCAUUCAGGCCCAGUGCAGAGGUCACGCACAGAGGCGCUGCUUUCAGGUGUUGAAGCUGCAGCGCCACUCGGCUAUUGUCCUUCAGAGUGCCUUCAGAGGCCAUGCUGUCAGAAAACAGGUGGCGAAGAUGAGAUGCGCUGCAGUCGUAAUCCAGCGCUGGUUCAGGGCCUCAAAGGAAAGAGACGUGGCAAAGCAAAUGUUUGUGAGGAUGAAAUGUGCUGCCAUUACCAUACAGGCAGCUUAUCGUGGGAAAGUGGUUCGGCAGUCUCUGAAAAAACAGCACAAGGCAGCAACGGUAAUCCAGGCGGCUUUCAGGAUGUACGCUGCCCGACGGCACUACCUUGUCGUGAGAAAAGCUGCAGCUGUGAUUCAGCAAAAGUACAGAGCCACAGUUUUGGCUCUCAAGACCAAGAAGGAUUAUGAUGCUCUUAGGAAUGCUGCACUUGUCAUACAAGCUAACUGGAGAGGCAGAGCUGACAGGAAGACGAUGGAGAAGCGGCAUCAGUGUGCAACACUGAUACAGGCUUACUACCGUCGACACACAGCGCAGGCGGAGUACACAUCCAAGAAGGCCUGUGUCGUGGUCGUACAGCGUCACUACAGAGCUUACGUGGCCGGAAAGGAGAUGAGGAGAGCAUACCUGCACACGAGAGCAGCCUGUGUUACACUCCAAGCUGGAUUCAGAGGCAUGCGGGUUAGGACGGAGCUGAAGAAAAACCACUGGGCAGCGACUGUCAUUCAGUCUUCAGUUAGGAUGUUUUUAUGUAGGAGACAGUAUUUCCUCCUACAAAGUGCGGCGAUUAUCAUCCAAAGCCGAUACAGAGCUCUUGUGGUCUGCAGGGCACAGCAAAAUGAAUAUAGAGCCCUAAAGCAGGCCACCGUAAAGAUACAAGCUGUAUACCGGGGAUUUAGAGUGAGACAAGUUCUAAAGAAGAGGCACAAUGCUGCGAGAGCAAUCCAAGCGCAGUUCAGGAUGCACAGAAUGCGUAUGGCUUACCUCGCCACCAAGUGUGCAGCCCUCAUUAUUCAGGAACGCUACAGGGCCAAAGUCCUCAGGAAUCAACAGAUGCAUGAGUACAGGAGAAUGAAAUCCGCAGCCAUAUUCAUCCAGGCAGCAUAUCGUGGCCACAGGGCGAGGAGCAGGAUUGUAGAGAUGCACCGAGCGGCCACCAUCAUUCAGAGAAAGUUUCUCACUAUUAGGGAUAGAAAUGGGUUCCUAGCUCUCAAGGCAGCAGCUUUGGUUUGUCAGCGGAGGUACAGAGCAGUGACUCGGGCAAGAAAGGACCGCUUGGACUAUCUGUCGAAGCGCAAAGCAGUCGUUUGUCUGCAGGCAGCCUACAGAGGAUGUCGGGUCAGAAAGCAGUUGCGUAUGGAGCAUACGGCAGCUGUAACAAUUCAGUCUCACUUCCGAAAGUACCAGCAGAGAACCUACUACAAGGCUCUCCACUGGGCUGCCAGUGUUUUGCAAGCACGUUACAGAGCCAACAAGAAAAUAAGAGAGGAAACGCAAGCCUUGAGUGCUAAGAGAAAUGCCGCUGUUAUCUUACAAGCUGCUUUCCGAGGAAUGAAAUCCAGACGACUCUUCAAACACAGGCAUCAGGCUGCCAGUGUUAUCCAGAGAGCUUACAGAGCACACUGUGAACACCAGCAGUAUCUUGCAUUGAAAUCCUCCGUCCUCACCAUUCAGCAGAGGUAUCGGGCCACUGCAGCAGCAAAGGUACAAAUGCAAAAAUACCAAACCAUGCGCAAUGCUGCUGUUGUCCUCCAGGCAGGAUACAGAGGUCACCAGGUCAGAAAGCAGGUCGCCCGUUGGCAUGAGGCUGCCACUGUGAUCCAGUCAGCAUUCAGAAAGCACAGAGAGGAAGUCAAAUUCCAGGCCAUGCGUCUGUCCGCCAUCAUCAUCCAGAGAUACUAUCGCUCCUGUGUUCUCCAGAGGCAACAGAGAGAGAACUUCCUUAAAAUAAGACAUUCCGCCAUCAUUCUUCAGGCAGCCUUCAGAGGUCAUCGUGUGAGAACCAACAAUGCCAAGAUGCACAGGGCAGCUACUGUAAUUCAAGCAAACUUUAGGAGGCACAAACAGCAGUCAUUCUUCAGGAAACAACACUGGGCAGCCUGCGUCUUACAGCGCAGGUUUAGAGCUCAGAAACAGAGGAACGCUGAUGUGAAACAUUAUCAAGAGUGGAGAAAAGCAGCCAUCGUGUUACAGGCUGCAUAUCGGGGAAUGAAAUUAAGACAGAAGAUCAAAAACUGGCAUCAGGCUGCCAGUGUUAUCCAGAGAGCUUACAGAGCACACUGUGAGUGCAAGAGGUAUCUUGCCUUGAAAUCCUCCGUCCUCACCAUUCAGCAGAGGUAUCGGGCCACUGCAGCAGCAAAGGUACAAAUGCAAAAAUACCAAACCAUGCGCAAUGCUGCUGUUGUCCUCCAGGCAGGAUACAGAGGUCACCAGGUCAGAAAGCAGGUCGCCCGUUGGCAUGAGGCUGCCACUGUGAUCCAGUCAGCAUUCAGAAAGCACAGAGAGGAAGUCAAAUUCCAGGCCAUGCGUCUGUCCGCCAUCAUCAUCCAGAGAUACUAUCGCUCCUGUGUUCUCCAGAGGCAACAGAGAGAGAACUUCCUUAAAAUGAGACAUUUUGCCAUCAUUCUUCAGGCAGCCUUCAGAGGUCAUCGUGUACGAACCACGAUUACCAAGAUGCACAGGGCAGCUACUGUAAUUCAAGCAAACUUUAAGAAGCACAAACAGCAGACGGUCUUCAGGAAACAACACUGGGCAGCCUGCGUCUUACAGCGCAGGUUUAGAGCUCAGAGACAGAGGAACGCUGAUGUGAAACAUUAUCAAGAGUGGAGAAAAGCAGCCAUCGUGUUACAGGCUGCAUAUCGGGGAAUGAAAUUAAGACAGAAGAUCAAAAACUGGCAUCAGGCUGCCAGUGUUAUCCAGAGAGCUUACAGAGCACACUGUGAACACCAGCAGUAUCUUGCCUUGAAAUCCUCCGUCCUCACCAUUCAGCAGAGGUAUCGGGCCACUGCAGCAGCAAAGGUACAAAUGCAAAAAUACCAAACAAUGCGCAAUGCUGCUGUUGUCCUCCAGGCAGGAUACAGAGGUCACCAGGUCAGAAAGCAGGUCGCCCGUUGGCAUGAGGCUGCCACUGUGAUCCAGUCAGCAUUCAGAAAGCACAGAGAGGAAGUCAAAUUCCAGGCCAUGCGUCUGUCCGCCAUCAUCAUCCAGAGAUACUAUCGCUCCUGUGUUCUCCAGAGGCAACAGAGAGAGAACUUCCUUAAAAUGAGACAUUCUGCCAUCGUUCUUCAGGCAGCCUUCAGAGGUCAUCGUGUGAGAACCAACAAUGCCAAGAUGCACAGGGCAGCUACUGUAAUUCAAGCAAACUUUAAGAAGCACAAACAGCAGACGGCCUUCAGGAAACAACACUGGGCAGCCUGCGUCUUACAGCGCAGGUUUAGAGCUCAGAAACAGAGGAACGCUGAUGUGAAACAUUAUCAAGAGUGGAGAAAAGCAGCCAUCGUGUUACAGGCUGCAUAUCGGGGAAUGAAAUUAAGACAAAAGAUCAAAAACUGGCAUCAGGCUGCCAGUGUUAUCCAGAGAGCUUACAGAGCACACUGUGAACACCAGCAGUAUCUUGCCUUGAAAUCCUCCGUCCUCACCAUUCAGCAGAGGUAUCGGGCCACUGCAGCAGCAAAGGUACAAAUGCAAAAAUACCAAACAAUGCGCAAUGCUGCUGUUGUCCUCCAGGCAGGAUACAGAGGUCACCAGGUCAGAAAGCAGGUUGCCCGUUGGCAUGAGGCUGCCACUGUGAUCCAGUCAGCAUUCAGAAAGCACAGAGAGGAAGUCAAAUUCCAGGCCAUGCGUCUGUCCGCCAUCAUCAUCCAGAGAUACUAUCGCUCCUGUGUUCUCCAGAGGCAACAGAGAGAGAACUUCCUUAAAAUGAGACAUUUUGCCAUCAUUCUUCAGGCAGCCUUCAGAGGUCAUCGUGUGAGAACCAACAAUGCCAAGAUGCACAGGGCAGCUACUGUAAUUCAAGCAAACUUUAGGAGGCACAAACAGCAGACGGCCUUCAGGAAACAACACUGGGCAGCCUGCGUCUUACAGCGCAGGUUUAGAGCUCAGAGACAGAGAAAUGCUGAUGUGAAACAUUAUCAAGAGUGCAGAAAAGCAGCCAUCGUGUUACAGGCUGCAUAUCGGGGAAUGAAAUUAAGUAAGAAGAUCAAACACAGGCAUCAGGCUGCCACUGUGAUCCAGUCAGCAUUCAGAAAGCACAGAGAGGAAGUCAAAUUCCAGGCCAUGCGUCUGUCCGCCAUCAUCAUCCAGAGAUACUAUCGCUCCUGUGUUCUCCAGAGGCAACAGAGAGAGAACUUCCUCAAAAUGAGACAUUCUGCCAUCGUUCUUCAGGCAGCCUUCAGAGGUCAUUGUGUGCGAACCACGAUUACCAAGAUGCACAGGGCAGCUACUGUAAUUCAAGCAAACUUUAAGAAGCACAAACAGCAGACGGCCUUCAGGAAACAACACUGGGCAGCCUGCGUCUUACAGCGCAGGUUUAGAGCUCAGAGACAGAGAAACCUUGAGGUGAAACACUAUCAGGAGGUUACGAAAGCGGUCAUAAAUCUACAAGCUGCCUUCCGUGGCAUGAAAUCAAGGAGAAUAAUCAAACAAAGGCAUCAUGCCGCUUGUGCCAUCCAGAGCGCUUACAGAGCUUUCUCUAAACGCAAGCAGUAUCUGAAAUUGAAAAUGUCAGUCAUUACUAUUCAGAGACAAUAUCGGGCUGCUGUUACAGCUAAAGCCCAAAGAACACGCUACCUUGAAAUACGCAGUGCAGCCAUCUUCGUUCAGGCAGCGUACAGAGGUCACCAGGUCAGAAAGCAGGUCGCCCGUUGGCAUCAGGCUGCCACUGUGAUCCAGUCAGCAUUCAGAAAGCACAGAGAGGAAGUCAAAUUCCAGGCCAUGUGUCUGUCGGCCAUCAUCAUCCAGAGAUUCUAUCGCUCCUGUAUUCUUCAAAGACGAGAAAGAAAAAAGUUCCUGAAAAUGAAGCAAUCCACCAUCACCCUUCAGGCAGCGUUUAGAGGCUGGUGUGUCAGGAGGGACAUAUGCCGACAAAAUCAAGCUGCAGUUGCGAUCCAGUCGUUCUGGAGAUGCUCGGUGCAAAGGCGUAUCUUCCAAAGGAAGCGUGAGACAGCUAUGAAACUUCAGCAGAGGGUCCGGGCUGUGCAGCUUGGCCGGUUGGAGAGGAACAACUACACCCGAAUGAGGAAAGCUGCCAUAACACUUCAGACGCACUGCCGAGCCUGGAUUGCAACACAACAGGUAAAAGAGAGAGCCAUGGCAGAGAGGAGGCUUCAUUUUACGUCUGCGGUCUUCCACCAUCUUAUGGCUAUAAAAGUCCAACGGGCUCUGAGAGCCCACUGGGCUUUGGAGUCAGCCAGAAGACAAAUCCAUUCUGUCAUCACCAUACAGCGAUGGGUAAGAUCCAGGCAGCAGAGGAGACGGUAUCUGCAGGACAGGAGGAAGGUGCUUAUAGCCCAGAGAGCGGCGAAGCGCUGGUUAGGUCGUCGCCACAAGGCUGCGUCAGUCAUCCAGCAGGCCGUCCGCAAGUUCCUCCUUCGACGGCGCCAAGAGAGGAUUCAACAAGGCAUUGUCAAAGCUCAGGCUCUAUGGAGAGCACACCGCUCCCGGCGACUGAAUGACAAUGCCAAGUUGGUGAAAUUGAGACACCGCUUACGCAAAGUCUCCGCCGGCGUCCGAGAGGAGGACAAACUGUGCAACAAGACGUCGUCUGCCCUGGACUACCUCCUCCGAUACAAACACUUCUCCUAUAUUCUAGAGGCGCUGAGAAACCUCGAGACCGCUACCAGACUGUCCCCAGAGUGCUGUGAGCGGCUGGUCGAGAGCGGAGCCACCAACGUCAUCUUCACACUCAUCCGCUGCUGCAACAGGAGCGUCCCUUGCAUGGACGUCAUCACCUACUCCAUCCAGAUCCUCCUCAACCUCUCCAAGUACCACAAGACCAUCGAGGCAGUGUAUUCGGUGGAAAACUCAGUAGAGACGCUGCUGGACCUGCUGCAGAGAUACAGGGAGAAGGCAGGGGAUAAAGUAGCAGAAAAGGGCGGCAGCAUCUUCACCAAGGCCUGCUUCCUUCUCGCUCUCCUCCUUCAAGACAAGCACCGUGCUGUGGAGGUAAUGAAGAUACCCAAGGUCUCGGAUAGAAUACGCAGCAUUUACCGCCUCACUGCUCGCAAACACAAGAUGGACGCUGAAAGAACUGUUAUUAAACAGAAGAUGAAUGCAUCGAUGAAUGGAAGCUUUUUCGUUCAAGCAACGCCGCGUAAAUCCCGCCCUGUGCCAAAAUUUGCACCGGAUUGGGUUCUAAGAAAGGACAAACUCAAGGAUAUUGUAGACCCUCUCAGGGCCAUUGAGAUGGUGGCAAAUACACUCUGCAUUGUGUUGUAAAUAGAUAAGCUUUUAAAUCUUGAUUCAUCGUCUCAUUUUUUUUACUUCAAAAAAUAUUUUGUAUAGUUUAAUUUUCUUUUUUUACAUUUCCAUGUUUUGCAUGUAUAUAUUAAAAUGGAUUUGUGUC